AUGUCUUCGUGGAUUAUUUCAGAAAAAAUGCAGGAAUUGAUAGAUAAAUUUGAAAAUACCAUUCUAUGUCAAUUUCUGUAUAUUCUCUGUUCCAUUUGCUCCAAACUCAUGUAUCCAGAAAAAUCGAUGUGGAUUCACCGGAAUCCUAACAUUUCUUACCCACUUGAAAAUUAUGUACCAUUGAUUACAAAUCCCGUACCACCUACCAACCAUAUUGCUAUAUAUCCCUCAUGCAAAUCAAACACAACACGCAACUACCCGCCGUACUUACGUCCAAUUCCAACUGAAAUUGAACUAGUACCAUUAAGAUCACGUAAACACUUAUCUCUUAUCUUUCUUCACUGUUCUCUAGGCCGAACACCGAGAGCCAACCCCUUCUCUGAAUACAGAACACUAGUGGGAUCUAUGAAUUACUUGCAAAAUUAUAAUUCUUUGAAUUUAUACUCGGGUUUAUUGGGCGCUUACCUUGCAUCAUCAUCCACUACUCAAUCUGAAAUUCCUCUUUG